AGAGAGAGAAAAGGGGGGAAAAAAGCAGCGGAGGGAGCGGCGGCGGAGGAGAGCGCGCGCGCGCCCCCUCUUUUCCCCCUCCCUCCCCCUCCCCCCAAUUUCCACCGCGGCCAAUUCAUGGACAGGAACUACCCCAGCGCCGGCUUCGGGGACCCGCUCGGCGCCGGGGCGGGAUGGAGUUACGAGAGGUCAGCGAAAGCUAGCUUGGUCUAUGGCAGCUCCAGGACCUCACACCCCGAGACGGACAUCUUACACCGACAGGCCUACGCGGCCCCCCACCCACUGCAAAGCUAUGCCACCAACCACCACCCGGCAGGCCUCUCUGGACUCUUCGACACUGGCCUCCACCACGCGGGCUCAGCAGGGCCCGACGCCUCCGUCAUGAACCUCAUCUCCGCCCUGGAGUCCCGGGGCCCCCAACCUGGCCCUUCAGCCUCCUCUCUCUUGUCCCAGUUCCGCAGUCCUUCCUGGCAAACAGCCAUGCACACUCCAGGCCCCACGGAGCUCUUCAUCUCGGGCGCCCUCCCAGGUUCCAGCACCUUCCCAUCCUCCUCUGCCCUGUCGGCCUACCAGCACCCGGCUUCCUUCGGCAGCCGCCCCUUCCCAGUGCCCUCGUCCCUCAGCCUCCAGGACCCCCCAUUCAGCCCUCCCGCUAAUGGGCUCCUGUCCCCUCACGAAGUGCUGCAUUUGAAGCCCUCGCAGGCACCCACGGUGCCCUCCUCAUUGGGCUUCGAGCGCCUAGCUGGGGGCGGUGUCCUGGGCCCUGCUGGCCUCGGCCCAGCCCAGACGCCACCUUAUCGCCCUGGCCCCCCAGAUCCACCCCCACCUCCCCGCCACCUCCCAGCUCAGUUCAAUCUGCUGGCUUCUUCUUCCGCCGCCGCCGCCGCCGCCGCCGCCGAGCAGUCUUCCCCACAGCUCUACAACUUCUCCGGUGCUGCCCCGGGCCCGCCCCCCCCAGAGCGGGCCUUGCCCCGCCAGGAUACCGUCAUCAAGCACUACCAGCGGCCAGCCAGUGCCCAGCCCCCGCCACCAGCCCAUGCCCUCCAGCACUACCUGAGCUGUGGAGGCAGCUACCCUUCCAUGGGCCACCGGGCCAACUUGGCCUGCAGCCCCCUGGGUGGUGGCGAGCCCUCCCCAGGCGCUACUGAACCCAGCAAGGCUGGUCCUAGUGGAGCCACAGCAGGAGCAUCAGGCCGGGCCACCGGCCCGGAGGUGGCUGGGGGAGGUGGGGCCGGGGGUGGCGGCGGAGGCUACCGCCCCAUCAUUCAAUCGCCUGGUUAUAAGACAGGCAAAGGUGGUUAUGGAGCCACGGCAGGGGGUGCCACCAGGCCCCCACCACCCCGCUCGACGGCCACACCCAAAUGCCAGAGCCUGGGGGGGCCAGCAGCAGCAUAUGCCACAGGGAAGGCCUCUGGGGCUGGUGGGGCUGGGGGCCAGGCCUAUUCCCCUGGUCAGCCCCAAGGGCUCCUGGGACCCCAGGCCUACGGGCAAGGCUUUGGAGGGGGUCAGGCACAGGACUUGAGCAAAGGCCCCAGCUACUCAGGGGGCCCCCCGCAGCCUCCCAGUGGCCCGCCACCUUCUGGCCUAGCCACAUGUCAGAGCUACUCCCCUGACCAACUGCAGGGGCAGCUGUAUGGGGUGCAGGGCGAGCCAUACCCAGGGCCUGCUGCCCACUCCCAGGGUCUGCCUACGGCCAGUCCCUCCCUCAGCUAUAGCACCGGCCAUUCCCCAGCACUCUCAGGCCAUGGAGGUGGCUGGGGACCCAGCUCCCUGGGAGGUGGUGGGGAGGCCAGCCCCUCUCACAUCAUUCGUCCACUCCAGUCGCCACCCACCACUGGCCGCCCUCCUGGAGUGGGCUCUCCAGGAGCCCCCGGCAAAUACCUGAGCUCAGUCUUAGCUUCAGCCCCAUUCCUGGCAACCCCGGGAGGUGGCAGCUAUGCAGCCGGAGCGGGCAGCUAUAAGGGCAAAGGGGAUGGCUCCGACCUGCUGGCCCCAGGUGGCCCCCCGGCCGAGCGCACUGAGGAUGAGGAGUUCCUCAUUCAGCACCUCCUGCAGGCACCCAGCCCACCGAGGACUUCAGGGGCAGAGGGCUUGGUGGGCGAGGAGGGGUCAGCAGAUGCUUCCAAGGGACUUGGGGGUAGUGGUGGGGCUGGGGGACCACCAGGCACACCCUACGAGCUGGCCAAGGAAGACCCCCAGAGGUACCACCUGCAGAGCGUCAUCCGCACCAGUGCCAGCCUGGAUGAGGGAGCCACUACAGCCCUGGAGCUGGGCCUGGGGAGGCUGAAGGAAAAGAAGAAAGGGCCAGAGCGGGGUGGCGAGACCCCCGAGGGACUGGCCACCUCUGUUGUCCACUAUGGGGCGGGUGCCAAGGAGCUAGGGGCCUUCUUGCAAAAGAGUCCACCGCGCCCUCCACCCACGGCUCAGCCCAACCCCCAUGGCCUCCUCCUGGAGGCCGGAGGCCCUGACCUCCCCAUGGUGCUGCCUCCGCCUCCACCCCAGCUACUCCCCUCGGUCCUCAGCCAUGCCCCCAGCCCCUCUCCGAGCACCCCUAAAGUUGGCGUCCACCUCCUUGAACCAGCCCCCCGUGAUGGGGCACCCCAGCCACCUCCGCCCCCACCCCCACCCCCCAUGCCUCUGCAGCUCGAGGCCCACCUCCGCGGCCACAGCCUGGAGCCUGCGGCACCCAGCCCCCGCCUGCGACCUGAGGACGGCUUGGAGCCUCCUGGUGCCAUGCAGGAAUUGCUUGGGGCCCUGGAGCCGCUGCCCCCAGGGCCUGGUGAUAGUGUGGGCCCCCCUAACUCAGAGGGCAAAGAUCCUGCCGGAUCCUACCGAAGCCCCAGCCCACAGGGCACCAAGGCUCCGCGCUUCGUGCCACUCACCUCCAUCUGCUUCCCUGACUCCUUGCUCCAGGACGAGGAGCGAAGCUUCUUCCCUACCAUGGAAGAGAUGUUUGGUGGAGGGGCAGCAGAUGAUUAUGGCAAGACUGGGCCACCCGAGGACGAGGAGGAUCCCAAGGCAGUUGGGCCACCUCCGGGGCCCCCUGCCUACGACCCCUAUGGGCCCUACUGCCCUGGUCGGGCGUCUGGAGCUGGGCCUGAGACACCAGGCCUGGGCCUGGAUCCCAACAAGCCGCCCGAGCUGCCCUCCACCGUCAACGCUGAGCCGCUGGGCCUGAUCCAGAGCGGGCCACAUCAGGCGGCUCCACCUCCACCACCACCUCCACCACCACCUCCCCCAUCCGCCUCGGAGCCCAAGGGUGGCCUCACCUCACCCAUCUUCUGCUCAACCAAGCCAAAGAAGCUGCUCAAGACGUCCUCCUUUCACCUGCUGCGGCGCCGAGACCCACCCUUCCAGACUCCCAAGAAGCUGUAUGCCCAGGAGUAUGAGUUCGAGGCCGACGAAGACAAGGCCGACGUCCCUGCUGACAUCCGCCUCAACCCCCGGCGCCUGCCUGACCUGGUGUCCAGCUGCCGCUCCCGGCCGGCCCUUUCGCCCCUGGGUGACAUUGACUUCUGUCCGCCCAAUCCAGGCCCCGAUGGCCCCCGGCGCCGAGGCCGCAAGCCCACCAAGGCCAAGCGUGAGGGUCCUCCCCGCCCACGGGGCAGGCCCCGAAUCCGCCCCCUGGAGGUGCCCACCGCCACAGGGCCUGCCUUGACUGCCACUGCUGAUGGGCCCAAGAAACCUCGGGGCCGGGGCAGGGGCAGGGGCAGGAAGGCAGAGGAGGCAGGAGGCACCCGGUUGGAGCCCCUGAAGCCACUGAAGAUCAAGCUGUCUGUGCCCAAGCCAGGUGAGGGUCUGGGAGCCUCGUCAGGUGAUGCCAUAUCAGGCCCCGACCACAACAGCCUAGACUCCAGCCUGACUCGGGAGAAGAUUGAGGCCAAGAUCAAGGAGGUAGAAGAGAAGCAGCCGGAGAUGAAGUCAGGCUUCAUGGCUUCCUUCCUGGACUUCCUCAAGUCAGGCAAGCGCCACCCACCACUCUAUCAGGCGGGCUUGACGCCGCCGCUCAGUCCGCCCAAGAGCGUGCCAUCCUCUGUGCCAGCCCGAGGCUUGCAGCCCCAGGCACCCGCUGCUCCUGCAGUGCCGCAUCCUCCACCUGAGGGCGCCUUUGGGCUGGGGGGUGCCCUGGAGGCCGCUGAGAGUGAGGGGCUGGGGCUGGGCUGCCCUUCGCCCUGCAAGCGGCUGGACGAGGAGCUGAAGCGGAACCUUGAGACUCUGCCCUCUUUCUCCUCGGAUGAGGAAGACUCUGUGGCCAAGAACCGGGACCUGCAGGAGAGCAUCUCGUCUGCCAUCUCUGCCCUGGAUGACCCACCUCUCACUGGGCCUAAGGAUACUUCCACCCCGGAGGGGCCACCUUUGGCCACAGCAGCGACAGUCACGGGGCCACCCCCUCUCCCAGGGCUCCCCAGUGCCAACAGCAAUGGCACGCCCGAGCCCCCGCUGCUGGAGGAGAAACCCCCACCCUCCCCACCUCCUGCCCCGACGCCGACGCCUCCACCUCCGCCCCCCCCUCUGCCAGCGCCAGUGCCAGCGCCAGUCCUGCCCGAUCCGCCCCCACUGGUUGCCCCUGUGCCUAGCUCGCCGCCUCCUCCACCUCCGCCACCGCCUCCACCUCCGCCGGCCCUGCCCUCUCCGCCCCCGCCUGCCACUGCCCCGCCAGCACCCCCUCCCGAGGAGCCUGCCGCCCCGUCCCCCGAGGACCCCGAGCCACCGGACGCCCGGCCCUUGCACCUGGCCAAGAAGCAAGAGACUGCGGCCGUGUGCGGGGAGACCGACGAGGAGGCCGGGGAGAGCGGCGGCGAGGGCAUCUUCCGGGAGCGGGACGAGUUUGUCAUCCGUGCGGAGGACAUCCCGUCCCUCAAGCUGGCGCUGCAGACAGGGCGUGAGCCCCCGCCCAUCUGGCGCGUGCAGAAGGCCCUUCUGCAGAAGUUCACUCCUGAGAUCAAGGACGGCCAGCGACAGUUUUGUGCCACCAGUAAUUAUUUGGGGUAUUUUGGGGAUGCAAAAAAUCGGUACCAGCGACUGUAUGUCAAGUUCCUGGAGAACGUCAAUAAGAAGGAUUACGUGAGGGUCUGUGCGCGGAAACCCUGGCACCGGCCCCCAGUGCCUGUGAGGCGCUCGGGGCAGACCAAGGGCCCUGCAUCCGCGCCUCCUCCCAAGGCCCCAGCACCACCUCCCAAGCCUGAGCUGCCGGAGAAGGCACCAUCGGAAAAGCCCCCAGAGCAGACACCCCAGACAGCUGUCCCUGAGGCUCCGGCCCCUGAGAAGCCAUCGGCACCGCGGCCUGCAGAGAAGGACAAGGACAAGGAGCGGGUGACACGAGGAGAGCGGCCGUCACGGGGCGAGCGGGGCGCAGGUGGGCGGCAGACCCGCCCUGAGCGCAGCCUUGCCACGGCCCAGCCCCCUACUGCCCGGCCCCCCAAGGCCCGGCCCCCCAAGGUGAAGGCUGAGCCGCCCCCUAAGAAGAGGAAGAAGUGGCUGAAGGAGGCAGUGGGCAAUGCCUCGUCAGGUGGGGGUCCGGCAGGCAGCUCCUCGGACUCGGAUUCCUCACCUGGAGCUCCCAGCGAGGACGAGCGGGCGGUACCAGGGCGUCUUCUAAAGACCCGGGCAAUGCGGGAGAUGUACCGGAGCUAUGUGGAGAUGCUGGUGAGCACGGCCCUUGACCCGGACAUGAUCCAGGCCCUGGAGGACACGCACGAUGAGCUAUACCUCCCACCCAUGCGGAAGAUCGAUGGCCUCCUCAAUGAGCACAAGAAAAAAGUCCUUAAGCGGCUGUCGUUGAGCCCUGCCCUACAGGACGCCCUGCACACGUUCCCUCAGCUUCAAGUGGAGCAGAGUGGGGAGGGCUCCCCCGAAGAGGGCGCCGUGCGGCUACGGCCAGCCGGGGAGCCCUACAACCGCAAGACCCUGAGCAAGCUCAAGAGGAGUGUGGUGCGAGCCCAGGAGUUCAAGGUGGAGCUGGAGAAGUCAGGAUACUACACACUCUACCAUUCCCUCCACCACUACAAAUACCACACCUUCCUGCGCUGCCGGGACCAGACCCUGGCCAUCGAGGGCGGCGCCGAGGACCUGGGCCAGGAGGAGGUGGUCCAGCAGUGCAUGCGGAACCAGCCGUGGCUGGAGCAGCUCUUCGACUCGUUCAGCGACCUGCUGGCCCAAGCACAGGCCCACAGCCGCUGUGGGUGACCCCGCCCCCCGGGCUACCUCCUCCGUGAAUGGAGAAUUGGGACAGAACUGUGUCCUCGGGAGCUCAGCCCUGGGCGCCAUCGAUGCGUGGGAAGGGGGUGUCAUCGGUCAGGGUGUGUCCAUGCUGCCCCCCAGGGCAGGGUUCAGAAUUGGAGGCCCCCCCCCAGCCCUCUCUCCCCCGUCCCCCUCUGCUGUUCGGUGUACAGAGAAAUUAUUUAUAUAUAUGUAUAAAUGUCUAUUUAGUAACGGUUUCCCUCGCCCCUUGCCCAUCCCCCCUCCACGGCCAUAGGCCCCCCCCUUGUACAUAUGUAUAGGAAAAGUCUAUGUAUGGUUGCGGGGGGUUGGAGUGGCUUCAGAGAGCUUGGGGGACUCGCUCCCUCCCCAAGCCCACCCCUAGGCCAAGAUCUUUGCCAAUGGCCAUUCCUUCCCCAGGGCAUUUGACGUCGGGUGGGAGGGGAAAACGCAUCUUGUUAAUUAUUUUUAAUCUUAUUUAUUGUACAUACCUGGGGCUGGGGGGGCUGGGGAGGUAGAGGGGGAAGGGUCCCCUCCCUCUGUCUGUCCCACUCCUUUUCUACGGCGAUUCGUCUGUGUCUGUCCCCCUCCCUCAGCCCCCUCCCGUUGUUGUCUGGAUGUGGUUCUAUUUUUUAAUCGGUCCCCCUUUCCAGCCUCCCUCUCUCUGUCCUGCCCCCCUCAACCUCCCCAUACCCCUCGUCUCCUGCUCUUUCUUGGGCGUCUCUACAACUCACCUUGUAUACACUGUGUACACAACCAGCCAAACGAAACCCAACGGCAACACUUUACCUGCGGGCCAGAGUCCUCUGUCCUUCGGCGAGCUGAGCGGCGGUGGGAGCUGCGAGUGGAGGGCCUGGGACUGGGCUUUUCUAGAGCCCUGGAGGGAGGUGGUCUGAGAUCUGGUGUCCACUGCCUAGCAACCGCUGCAUCUCGAAACGUAAUAACUGCAAACGACGAACACUGA